CACACAUGCCAGUUUGUGUACACGGUAUCCCCAACAAACGGGUAGCUGACAGCGGUAAAGGGAUUAACUAAGUGAGCAUUUCACCAAGACAUACAAAAACAAGGCAAGAUUUUACCAUGAUUGCCUCCUGAAAAUCCCUUAUCGCUGAAGAUUUUAUCUCAAAAUGAGGCUGUAAUUAAAACACCUCCUAGUGCCAGACAAGGGGAGAUAAUGUGUGCUUUACAGAGGGUUCGGUGACAGGAGGUAUAUAUAGAACGUGUCAGCUUACUCCAUGUUGCUACCCAAAGGAGAAAUGGGGUGCGGUAGAAGCAAGCAUCACUCCAGGGAAAGUAGCAUGACGGACAUGGACUCCGACUCUAAAGCUAAACGAAACAAAACGUCCAAGGAGAAGAAAAAGACAAACAUAGAGAAGAAGGGCCAUUCUGAAGUGACGAUUGACCGGCCUGUUCCUACUGUUGUUAGUAAGAGAGGACAGGAAGUGGAGUCUGGGGUGCUCAAGUCACGGCGUUCCACACCAGCCCAUAACAAUGGAACUGUCUUACAAACUUUACAGACAGAAAUUAAAGUGACUGUCAACGAAGAAAAAGUUAUUCCUAAUGAAAUAACACGUGGUAGCCUUGGUAUGAAAGAAAAGACAGGAGAUGGCCAAAAUCAAUUUAUACGAGUAACAAAUAGCCAGAUAGAAUUUUUCAAAAUGCUGGAUGAGAAAAUAGAACAGGGUCAGGAAUUCACGUCAGAAGACAAUGUGUCCCAAGCAAGUGAUCCUGCUUCCACAGACAUUUUAAGGAAAUAUACACAAUGAUACUCAUCUUUUAUAUUAAACCUAACCAUAGGUGAAGGUGAAGGCAGGCCUUCUAUCUUAUACCGCGGUGUGCUAGACAGUCCCAGGAUGUCAUAUGUUACUGGACACCAUGACAAACGGUGUUACUUUGUUUACGAUGUUGUUUAUAUUUUCUCCUAUCACGCAAUAGUAUAUAUUCCUGGUGCAAGAGAUAUUGAAAGCUGCAAUGACAGGUGCAAUGACAUGGUAGAGGAUAGAUGCAAUGACUGUAUAAAUUAUUUAUGUACUACUGUGCUCAAUUAGUAGAAUUUUAAUUUUUUUUUUUAGUUUACACCUGCUAUUAAUCACUCUCUUUUUAACAGUUCUGAUCUCUGAUUGGAUGGUGCAAUCAAAAUGCAUUUAAUUGAACAUUUAUAAGUAUGAUGUUUAAAAGAUUGUCAUCAAGUUCUUUUUUUACAAUUGCCCUAUGAAGACACUUGAAAAUGUCCUACAUUACACUGGCUCUCAUAGCCAUAUUUUAUUUUCCCACCAUCAUACCAAAAACAAAUAUGCAACAUUUUAGAUGCAUACAUAUGCAAUGAUUACACAAUAUGGUUUGGAAUGACAUAAUAGUGUUCAAUCCUAUUUUCUGUUCAGUGGUUCGUUGUCUAUUAAUUGUAAAGCAGAAUUCGAGUCUGGGGUAAUAGGUAGCAGGGUUCUGGGUAUUGGCCUGGUAUAGAAUUCGAGUCUAGUGUGAUAGGCAGCAGGGUUCUGGGUAUCAACUUGGUAUAGAAUUCGAGUCUGGGGUGAUAGGUAGCAGGGUUCUGGGUAUCAACCUGGUAUAGAAUUCAAGUCUAGGGUGAUAGGUAGCAGGGUUCUGGGUAUUGGCCUGGUAUAGAAUUUGAGUCUAGGGUGAUAGGUACAUGUAGCAGGGUUCUGGGUAUCGGCCUAGUAUAGCAUUAUGGUAGGACAGUUUAAAGAGAAUGAAGCAUUAAAAGGUAAUGUGAAGAAUCUUCUUUACUCAGAAUCAGUGCUGCUUAUAUGACUCUACAAGAUCUACAAGACUUAAAACUAUAUAUAAUCAUUGUAUACUCAAUAAAAACAAUAGUCCCAGAAAUUCAAUGUACAAUUCAUAUGUACAUGUAUAUAUAUGUAUUACAUACAAUUUAACAUUGUGAAUCACAUUCUGAUUGUUUCACUGUUAAUGAUUUUCAUUUUAUAUUAAAUGGAUAAAUAGUGGUUAAAAAUAGAUCUUUGAACUUCAUAUUGCCAUUAUCCAGUCAUCAUUAAUUUACCCGAGAAAUCUAUCGUAUACAUACUUACAGGGAGUAUAACUGCAGCCUCAAAAAGUCUCCUGACAUCUUAUCACAUGUUGUUUUGAAAUAUGUUAUUCUAAAAUCUUGCUUCCAAAUUAAACUUUAUUUUCAAUGCUACAUCAUUAGCAUAUUCCAUCUUUUUGUAAUACAGAGUUAUCUACUCUUGUGAGCAGGUAUUGAUUGUUACAUCAUAAGUUUACAUGAGGAAAUUUCAUUGUUUCUCGCAAAUUUAUGACGUUGCUCUCACAAACAGAUGACCUGCUCAGAGGAGCAGAUAACUAUGCAUUACGAAAAAAAAAAUGGAAUUGGUAUUACAAAUAUUGUCAAUUUCAUAAAAUAAAAAGAUGGAAUAGGUAUUACAAAUAUUGUCAAUUUUAUAACAUAAAAAAAUGGAAUUGGUAUUACUGUAGUUUAUUGAAAAAUAAGGAAAUAGCAUUUGUUAUGAACUACAAUGGCCAUGGGUGGGCUUAUUACCAGGCAUGGAAUUAUUUAGCUUAUCGCUGAAUAAAUAUGGUAGCGAACGGUAGGUUACACCGAUUCUCCUACGCAUUGAAAAAAAAGAUAAAACUGGUGUGUGUGGUGUGUAGAGUUGUAAGAUAAAAUGUUUUCUAAAAGCAGUUGAUAGUUUGAUGACAACAUAAUUAUGUAUGAUAUUUAUGAUUCUGAUUGGAUUGUGCUUCUUCAGUGACUAGAUUUUCCCCUGUAUAUCUGUAAUAGUUUAACUGUAUUUAAGAAUCUGUUCAUUAUCAUUCCAUUGUCUUGUAUCAUUCUAAGUCCCAGAUGAUAUUCUCUGUCUUGGUAAUUACCAGUGCACAGUCAUAUAUUUGUACUCAAUGUAAACUGCCAAAGAUUUACACUAUAUCAUUACAUAGUAGUUUGUUAUUCUCUACAUAAUAUGUCAAACAGGAUUCUCAAAAUGAUGCCGACAUCCGUGAAUGUUAAUAUAAUUUUAGAACACAUUCACACUGAUGCUUUGGCUGCCUGGAAUUAUCACUACCCUAUCAUAGGUAUGGUGAUAAAUAAGAAUUUGUCUCAGAUUUUGUACGUAUGGUCGUGUUUCUCUGGAGCUUUGCCAGUGCACACACUUAUGGUACGAUAAGGUCAUGUUUCUCUGGAGCUUUGCCAGUGCACACACUUACGGUACGAUAUGGUCGUGUUUCUCUGGAGCUUUGCCAGUGCACACACUUACGGUACGAUAUGGUCGUGUUUCUCUGGAGCUUUACCAGUGUACACACUUACGGUACGAUAUGCAUUCAUAGUCACAUAAGACUGGUAAUCCAUGCUGAUAUAUAUAUAUUGUUUAUGUUUUAUGUUGCCUCUUACAAAAGUAUGUUUAAGGAUUUUGAUAGUGAUCCAUAAAAGCUAGCUGGCCAAUUGUCUGUACAAUAGGUCCCAUCUAUGUUACUCUCUUUAUAAACAAUUUAUCUGUCUCAGUCAGAAAGGUUUAUUUUCUAUUUUGAUGGUGUUAAGUGGCUGGAACUAUAUGGACUAACACCCCCUAGGAGAAAUUAUAAUGUGGACAAUUAGAAAACUUUGCAAUAUUCUUAGAAAAAAUAGUACAGAAAAGAAAAUAAUCUCUUAAUUCAUUAAUUUAAUUUGGAUACUUUAUAGAUUCAUUUUGAAAUGAAAAAAAUUGGAUUACAUUUCUCACAAAGAUAAAAAUGUGGUCUUUUUCAUUUUGAAGACAUUCCCACAUCACAUGAGAUAUACCUAAAAUGGCAGUUGAAACUGAUUUUGUUUGACACUGAUUUCACCAAUGUUGUAUAUUAAUUAUGAUUUAGAAUAGUAUUUGUUUUGACAUAUGUGUUGUAUAAAUACUUUCUCUGUCCAUAGCCAUCUUAAAGUCUGCCUUUGAAAUACUCAUGUGAGAGGUGUAGAGAUGGUCAUCAGAAUACCACUGAAGAGACAGGAAGGAGGUGGUCUCUACAACUAAAUAUCUAAAAUGUA